AUGAGUGGAAAGGUUUUCGGAAAAUUAACUGAAGGGGUUAGCCCAUAUAUAUGGAGGAGCAAUCUUUACUUUUUGGAUACCUACAAAUGCUAUUCAUCUGUCUUAAGCUGCCUAUCGAGGAGAUAUCAUAUGACAUCCAAAAAAAUGGACAAAUCAAUUAUAGAUGAUAAAAAGGACUCUUACAGAUAUUACAAUGAAAGAAUAAAAAAGGAUAUAACACCCUUAAAUUUAGUUAAAAGUUUACCAUCCUUAAAUCAUUAUGUCAACAUUGUCGAUAUGUCCAAAUUUGCCAUCAAAUAUAUUCUAAGCUAUCGAUUUUUUUUUAUUUACAUGGCCAGAACUACCUUUCAGGCUGUCCGACCGCUUAUGGCCUUCUGCGUUUUCGGGGAACUCAUGAAAUUAAUCCUUGCAACGAUGACAAGUGGUGUUUUUGCUUUUUUCUUUUCCUUCGUUUUAGCAUUUGAAGUGUUAUACUUUUUUUUGCAAUGUUAUAUAUCAUACACUUUCUUAACAAUGUUUUUCGAUGUCAUGUUUUAA